UAUUAUUAUAGGAAACCGGAAUACAUGUGCCGUAUACAUUCCAAGACAGAGUGAUCGAGGCUACCCACGUCCAUUGAUUGAGUUCUCUUUUCUUAGUUCCAACUGCAUACAAUACAGAUAACUGUCUACUAAUAAGGGUAACACUAUGUUUUUAAAAUGCAUAAGACGUAUAUAGUGUGCGAUAAUACAUCUAAUAAUACCAAGGUCUAUCGUCCAGGAGUUAUUUAUUAUGGAAUUCCCAAGAAUGAAUACAUGAAAAGAAAAUGGCUUAAAGUUUUGGAAAUUGAUCGUUGUCAUGAUUUUAAAUCAACAAGAUGGUUAUCUAAACUUACUGGAAACAAUGAGGAUAUGAGUAAUAAAAAUAUGCAGAUUGCUGAAAAGACAAUACGUGUAUUAAAACAAAGAAGAACAAUGGCAGCAAUUAAAAGAAAUCAUCAACUUAGACUAGCGUUAAAAUCAUCAGGAAUUUCAAAUAUUAUGAAGCCAUAAAUAUUAUGCAUUGUAUUUGCCAAUUUUAAGUCUAUUUAUUGGACAAUUGUAUUUUUAUUUUAGUUAAUUUAUAAAAAAAAAAUGUAAAUUGUAUUAUUUUUGAAGACAUAUUAUAAAGCUUGAGUUUCAAAUAUUGAAAAUUGGAAUUCA